AUGGAGGGUGCAUCGUACCAGAGGUUCCCAAAGAUAAAAAUCCGGGAAGUGAAGGACGACUACAUGAAGUUCGAGCUUCGCGAGACCGACGCUAGCAUGGCCAACGCGCUCCGGCGCGUGAUGAUCGCCGAGGUGCCCACCAUAGCCAUCGACCUCGUCGAAAUCGAGUGCAACUCCACCGUCCUCAACGACGAGUUCAUCGCCCACCGCCUCGGCCUCAUCCCCCUCACCAGCGAGCGCGCUAUGAGCAUGCGCUUCUCGCGUGACUGCGACGCCUGCGACGGCGACGGCCAGUGCGAGUAUUGCUCCGUCGAGUUCUAUCUCCGCGUCAAGUGCAUCACUGACCAAACCCUAGAUGUUACCAGCAAGGACCUCCUCAGCUCCGACCACACCGUCGUUCCCGUCGAUUACUCCGAUUCUUCCUCCGGCUUCGGCAAUUCCGAGUCUAAGGGGGUAAUUAUUGUUAAGCUACGCCGUGGACAAGAGUUGAGGCUCAGAGCAAUUGCACGGAAAGGAAUUGGCAAGGAUCAUGCAAAGUGGUCACCUGCCGCAACUGUGACAUUUAUGUAUGAGCCAGACAUCUAUAUCAAUGAAGACAUGAUGGACACAUUGUCACUUGAGGAAAAAAGAAGUAUUGUUGAAAGCAGUCCCACCAAAGUGUUUGACAUCGACCCUGUUACCCAACAGAUUGUUGUGGUUGAUGCUGAGGCAUACACCUACGAUGAUGAGGUGCUCAAGAAAAUUGCGUCUAUGGACAAACCCGGGCUUAUAGAAAUCCAUGCCAAGGAAGAUAGCUUCAUCUUCACAGUCGAAUCCACGGGUGCAAUCAAAGCUUCUCAGCUCGUCCUCAAUGCAAUCGAUAUUUUGAAGCAGAAGUUAGACGCAGUGCGCCUGUCAGAGGACACGGUGGAAGCAGAUGACCAAUUCGGAGAGUUGGGUGCACACAUGCGAGGAGGUUAAUCGCAACCCGAGCGUGAUCAACUCCUGUGCUCUGUACUUUGUUAUGACAAUUGACCUUAACUUCUAUUUCUUAUGAGUAGUAUGUUGGAUGUUAGACUAAUAACUUGUCCUUCUUCUCUACCUGUGCUUCAGAUUUAAUCUUGAAACUGGUGACCAAAGUGUGUUUGUUUUGCCAGUGCAUAUUCGUGUGUCUGAAGGAAAUGGACAAACACUAACUUGUUUGAUCCUCUCUUUCUUGAACAAGUUGUAUUCCAAAGCCAAAUCACUACUUUUUGUGCUACUCAGAAAAAAAUGGUUUAUUUUUUUAAUA